CCAUUUGUUUACUAGGGGGCUGUGGGUUGAGAGUCAUAAUAUACACACAACACUUCUUAGACUACACACUGUUUCUGUUUGAUACACACAAUGGCAGAUCCAGCUGAAGGCGAACUGGAUGAAAAGCCUCCGCCAUCGAGGGCACAGCGAAUCAUCUACGUGAUACUCCAUGUGCUGCUCCAUGUCGUAUUCAUAUCUUACUUUACUGCAGCCACAAUCAUUUUCAUCUUGUACGACAAGGAUUCCGACGACUGCUGGCCCAAUAGGGGCUCGGGAGCCACAACCGAAUCGACAGAUAACUCAACCGAGGAUUAUGAUAUAGAUGACUAUGAGGACGUGGAGGAAGAAACUACUGAGAAGCCAUUGCCAGAGGUUAAGCCAAAACUAUUGUGCACAAUUAACUGGUGUCAUGGAUACGGGUUCCUCAUCGUCAUGUUCAUCUUGUUUUAUAUUCUAUGGCUGUACUACUGGGCAUUUAAGCCAUUUGUGGGCAUCAAGCUGUAUAAUAACUACUUGGAACCAGUCAUUGACAAAUGGAUUGAGUUUAGUCGCCAGUGGAUAGUGUCCGGCGUAAUGCUGGCGAUCGUGAUCGCUGUGGUGGUGGCCUACCUUGGAUUCGAGUGCCGCAAUGACGCAUUCAAGGCCAUAGGACUGCUCGGACCUGUGUGCUUCGUCAUUAUUGGAUUCGCCGUGUCCAAGCACCACUUGCAAGUACCUUGGCGCAUAGUGACCCACGGUCUCCUGGGCCAGCUGCUGCUGGGCAUACUCUGCCUGCGCAUCCCCUUCGGCCGCUCCGUCUUCCAAUGCCUUGGGGACAAGGUGACGAUAUUUCUGAACUACGCACAGCACGGAGCACGCUUUGUGUACGGGGAUCGCAUCUGCGAUGAGUAUGUCUUUGCAUUCGCCAUACUGGCGGUGGUGUUCUUCUUCAGCGUGAUCACCAGCAUUAUGUAUUACCUUGGCUGGAUGCAGUUCAUCCUGAACGGUUUCGGGUUCCUCUUGCAGGCCAUGGUGGGCACCACCGUUUGCGAAAGUGUAAAUGCAGCGGGCAACGUGUUUUUGAGCAUGACCGAGAGCCCUCUGGUCAUCCGGCCGUACAUCGAAAUACUGACCGUCAGCGAGUUGCACGCUAUAUGCACCUCCGGCUACGCGACAGUGGCCGGUACUGUUCUCGGGGCUUAUGUGUCCUUCGGUGCUCCGGCCAGUUUUCUUAUCGCAGCCAGCGUGAUGGCUGCCCCGGGUUCACUGGCUUUCGCCAAGCUAUUCUACCCCGAGACCGAGGAAUCUCUGACCAGGUCCGACAACAUUAGGCUGGAAAGAUCGACGGAUACGUCUAUUUUGGAUGCGGCCGCCUCGGGAGCUGCAGCAGCCUUGUUGAUUGUGCUCGGAAUCGUCUCGAAUAUCAUCGCCUUCCUAGCCAUUGUGUUCUUCCUAGACGCUGUAACGGAGUGGACUUUCGAGCUUAUUGGACUGCAUAAAAUCACCCUACUCUACAUUCUCUCCCAGAUCUUUAUCCCGAUUGUCUUCGUGAUGGGAGUGCCGUGGCACGACUGUCAAGACAUUGGCCUGGUGGUGGCCCAAAAGUCGUUCAUAAACGAGUUUGUAGCCUAUAGGAACCUGGGCAUAUUGGUUAGCGAUAAAAAGGUUGAACCGCGGAGCGCUGCCAUAGCCACUUUUGCCCUGUGCGGGUUUGCCAAUCCCGGAUCCUUGGGCAUUGUCAUCGCUUCGCUAAGUGCAAUGGCACCAUCCCGACGAUCAGACAUCACCAGGGUAGCCUUUCGAUCCUAUUUCGCAGGCAGUUUCGUUAGCUUUACAUCGGCUUCGCUUGCAGGGAUUCUCAUUCAAAAUGAGCACAUGGAUGGUAAUUAAUUGCUCUAGUUUAGGGAGCGAUAC